UAUCCAAACUUUGUUUCAAACUUUUAUCCAUACAGGGCAGAAAAAACCGAAGUGCUGAGUGAUGAUCUUCUACAGGUGGAGAAGCGUCUGGAUCUGGUCAAGCAGGUGACACAUAGCACUCACAAGAAACUGACCGCCUGCCUGCAGGGUCAGCAGGGCACUGACACAGAGAAGAGAUCUGUCAAGUCACCUUCUAAAAAGCUUCCGCUCACAAUCUUGGCACAGUGCAUGGAGGAGGGAGCGGCGGUGCUGGGGGAUGACUCUCUCCUGGGAAAGAUGCUGAAGUUGUGUGGGGACACAGAAGACAAGCUGGCCCAGGAGCUGCUGCAGUUUGAGCUCCAAAUAGAAAGAGAUGUGGUGGAGCCUCUUUACGUGCUUGCAGAGGUGGAUAUUCCCAACAUCCAGAAGCAGAGAAAGCACUUAGCGAAACUUGUUUUGGACAUGGACUCGGCGCGAACAAGAUAUCAGCAGUCAUCUAAGUCAUCCAGCCAUCCAAGCACAAUGCAGCCCGGCGCCAAGUCCGAGUCCCUCAGAGAGGAGAUGGAGGAAACAGCCAAUAGGAUGGAGAUUUGUAGAGAUCAGCUGUCAGCAGAUAUGUACAAUUUUGUGGCCAAAGAAAUAGACUAUGCAAACUUCUUCCAGACACUAAUAGAAACACAGGCAGAGUAUCACAGGAAGUCAUUAGAAAUACUUCACAGUGUCCUGCCCCAGAUUAAAGCUCACCAAGAGGCGUGGGUGGAGAAGCCAUCAUUUGGCAAGUCUCUGGAGGAGCACCUGAAUAUUAGUGGGAGAGAGAUUGCAUUUCCCAUUGAGGCCUGCGUCACCAUGCUGUUAGAAUGUGGCAUGCAAGAGGAGGGCCUCUUCAGAGUGGCUCCAUCUGCCUCCAAGCUGAAGAAGCUGAAAGCUUCGCUGGACUGCGGAGUUCUUGACGUCCAGGAGUAUUCCUCUGACCCGCACGCCAUCGCAGGGGCCCUGAAAUCAUACCUCCGUGAACUCCCAGAGCCACUAAUGACCACUGAACUUUAUGAUGAAUGGAUUCAGGCCUCCAACAUUCAAGAUAUGGACAAGAGACUACAAGCCUUAAUGGCAGUAUGUGAAAAACUCCCCACAGACAACCUAAACAAUUUCAGAUAUCUUAUAAAAUUUUUAGCCAAGCUGAGUGAAUAUCAGGACUCGAACAAAAUGACUCCUGGUAACAUGGCCAUUGUCCUCGGACCUAACUUGCUGUGGACUCAAACAGAACCGAACAUGACGGAGAUGAUGACCACUGUUUCCCUGCAGAUUGUUGGCAUCAUUGAGCCGAUUAUUCAGCAUGCCGACUGGUUCUUCCCUGGAGAGAUCGAGUUCAAUCUGACAGGCUGCUACGGGAGCCCGAUUCACACCAACCACAACUCCAACUACAGCUCCAUGCCCUCGCCGGACAUGGACCAGUCAGAACGCAAGCAGCAGCAGCAGCACGACCAGAGCCGACGCCCACUGAGUGUCGCCACUGACAACAUGAUGCUGGAGUUUUACAAGAAAGACGGCAUUAGGAAGAUACAAAGCAUGGGCGUCAGGGUGAUGGAUACCUCCUGGGUGUCUCGCAAGGGUUCCUCCACGCUGACGCGCAAGACUUCUUCCACCCCUCCUGGCAUGCAAGGACCCGGCUCCCCCGCUGACACGCUCAUCCCCGAGCAACCCGGCGAGCUCGCCACCUCGCCCUCCGCCACGCCGCCGCUUGGAGAAAGGGUUUGCUCAGAGAACGUGUCGCUCAAUCGGCCAGACACCUCUUUUGCCCACCCAACCCCUGGGGAGGACCGGCCGCCCCCUCCUUACCCUUCCUCCUCGUGCCACUCCGUCCCCCACCACUUUUAUCCCAAACCCCCACCUUGCGCUCGUCCUGUGGCACCAGGUCCCGAGUCCCAGCCCCCUGGCUCGCCACCACCCCCAGUGCGCUGGUCUGGCUUCACUCCUCCCGCCCCGCCCCCUUCCUCCUCUUCUUCCUCCUCCUCCUCGUCACUCGACAUCAAUUCAAACCCCAAACCUAGCUGUCUGCACUUCCCCAAGCACAGCCCGCCAGGUGACUUGUCACAAGCCCCUCCGCUCGACACUAACGCUUCUCCGCUCUAUGUCAAAACCCCCCUGCUACUAACCCGCCAUGACCAAAGUCACAGCAACCCCCCUAGCCUCCCUUCGUCCGCUCCCCCACCCCCGCCGUGGGCUGCCUGUCCAUGUGUCCGAGAGAGAGGACCCCCCAGGCUGACUAGUUCGCUAAAGAGUAAAGAGCUUUCCCCUGUGAUUGGGCACAAAGGCAUCCAGGUGGCAAGUCCAACAGUGCCCCCUAGCUGCAGCCCUCAGAGCAGCAGUCAGUCCCCCCACUCAACUGAGCACAGCCCUCACGCCCUGCGCAAAGGUUCCAAGAAGUUGGCCCCUGUGCCUCCAAAGGUCCCUUACGCCCAGUCUGGAGGGAUGUCUGACCAGUCCACAGGUCAGCCAUCACCUGUAAGCCUGUCCCCUACACCUCCCAGUACCCCUUCCCCGUACGGACUGACCUGUCCUCCAGGGCAAGUACCGCCGUCCUCCCCUGGGCAGACUCCACUCGGGCCAACCCACUCACUAUCAUCUCCGCCCUCUCUCUCUGGGACACUCACCAAGUCGCGGCCUGCCCCUAAACCUAGGCAGAGACCAAGCCUGCCUCCUCCUCAGCCGCCCCUAGCGCCCCCGCCCCUGGCUCCAGUCCCUCAGCCUCUGGAGCAGGGCCUCCUGGAUGGACUGUCUCCUGGAGAGAGCAUGUCUACAGAUAUCUUCAAUUAUGAAAUCCCCUCCAUCAAUGUCAAUCUGGACAGCCUCAUCGAUGAGUUCAGCGGUGCCCCCUGCAGGAGGUCCCUGGCAGUGAUAGACUCUCCAGAGGGGGACGCUGUGCCUGAGGAGGAGCCCCAGAGCACCAUUCUAUGACCUAUAACCCCGAGACAUCAUUUACCAGCGUCCCAGUGGCUGUACAUGCUUUGAACUGUCAACACCAAGGCCUGACGGAAACACAAUGACUGGCCUCACCAAAUGCCCACCUGAAACCAGAACAUGAACCUUUCCUCACAUCCUGCUACAGGCUGCAAAGAAAACUAAUCUUUCUCAGCUGCUUCUUUUACGUUUAUGUGACUACAAACAAAACAAACAAAAAAAAAAACACCAAAAUGCCAUAGUGGAUGAACUGUUGCCUUUAAAGAGAAAAGACUGGGAAAUAGAUAAGUAUUACAUAAAGAUAUUUUUUAUCACCGAUUUAUUUUUUGCUUAUUUGCUUUACUUUGUCAUUUUGUUUCACGGUGCAAUGCUCUACGUUUCUCGAUCUUUUUGUAGUUAUUUUGUUUUGCCUUAUAAGAACAUGCAAUCAAAUUGCAAUAUGACGUCCGCAGGUUGUGCAAACGAGUGGCUUUCGGGAGACUGGCAUGGUUUGGAGCAAAUCUCAUCCUCAGGUUGAAACACAGACAGAGUGGGAGCGGGGCUCACAGGGUAUUCAACUUUGCACACGUCGGAAACACACUGGGCCCUUUAAGGCAGGCUUUCCAUGCAGGACGGAACAUUUAACUCGGUUUAAAUAAAGUCCCUUCAUUUUUACUCCACCUGGGAAAAAAAUAGGUGUUUACACAUGUACAGGUAAAACUCACCUAAACUCACUCUGCAUUGUACCAGCACAUAAUCAGAAGAAUGUUAUUGUAAUUUAAGCUUUUUCUACUUGCACCCGUUGUUCCGUUUGGAAGAAGCACCACGUUGUUUUUGCAUGACGAACCGAUGUGAGUGAUCUGCUUGAUCGGAUUCAGGGCCUCUGAGUGAUUUUGUUUUACUUUCUAAGUGUUGAUCUUCAAAUUUUGUUUCCCUCGGAGAGUAAAUCCUGACCCUCACGCCUGCUAGGAUGCUGCAGCUUGACGAUGACGGAUGAAGGACUACACUGCCUUUAUGUUUGUGUGAUUCUCUCUCUUAACUUUGUUUCAAGUGCUUCAGGUUCAGUGACCUUUGACCCCUGAGUGUAAAUACAAAGACUGUACAUAGGUUUAUGUAUAUAAAAUUGAGAGGAAGAUUAUAUGUAAAAUGCAUAUCUGGAACAUAUAAUGAUAUUAAUAUAUGUGCUGAUAUUUAUCGUGUAGAAAAUGACAUGAUUAAAAUUUUGAUGUUAUAUUUUGUCCCUGCACACAAUGAACAGGUUGUACUGUAGAUUCAUGUUGUUUUUUUUUUUCUUCACUUUUACACCGUUUUACUAUAGUGCUGCAGCAGACAUGGAGAAUGUUCCCUCUGCAGCAACUCAUCUGAGAUCUCCAGUCCUGUUCUAGCUCUUAACGAUCGGCUUAUGAUUCCUCCAUCUAAAAUGUUCAGGUCUAUCUGCAUUAAAAAAAAAAAAAACAUUACUCUCGAAAUACCCAAAUAAUUUUUUAAUUUUAAUCCAAGACGAUUAUAAAGUGCCUUACAGAAGUAUUACUACAUCUUGAACUCUUUCUCUGCAGCAAACUUCACUUUGUUCUAUUGACCAAAACAUGGCAAUGCAUAACAAUGAAGGGGAAGAUGCAGAGACAUCAUUUUGGGGGUUUAUAUGCUUCUGUUUCUUUUUGGGGGGGUUUUGUUUUUGUUUGUUUUGUUUUUUUUUUUAGAAUAGCUCAAUCUUAGGCAGAUUGGAUAGAGAGUCUGUUAACCUCAGUUUUCAAAUCUUACCAGUAUUUCUUAAUUCUAGAUCUUACUAACACAUGGUGUAAAUCAUUCCGCGUUUUGUUUAGAGUUGGUAUGCCACUGAAAGGUGAACAUUCACUCCAGUCACCAAUCUUUUGUGGCCUCUCACAGGUUCUCUCCCAGUUUUUUUCUCCCAUGUUCUCAUCAACUCUGACCAGAUUCUCUGCCCCAUUGGUAGAAAAGCAACCCCCACUGCAUGAUGCUGCUUAAACCAUCUUUUAUAGUGGGGUCUUAAUUUUCUGUCACACAUAGAAUUUUGCAUGAAGGGAUUUAAUGAACUCUGACCCGAGCAUCUUCUUUCAUAUACCCUGCAUUUCUCUGUUGCUGUGGAUCUCUGUUGCUCCUCCAGAGCCCCCAUGGGCCUCUAACCUGCUUCUCAAUGCUCUCCUUGCCUGCCUUGUCAGUUUUAGCGGAGGGCUAUAUAUUGGUAGAUUUGCAUUUGUGCCAUAUUAUAUUCUAACGUUGUUCACUUAGAAUAGCUGAACAACUCUAUCCCUGACGUUUCUUUCUGUUCGUUGAUUGUCAGGCUGCUGUUUUGUUGUUAAUGUUCUAUAACAAAUCUUUGAGGCCUUCACAGAACAGAUAGAUUUAUACUGAGAUUACAUCACUCACAGAAGGACUCUUUUUUUUUUUUUUUUUUUUGCUGAUUAAGUGACUUUGGAAGGCUGUUUGGUGCACUGGCUUUCACUUAGGUUGGAACUAGAGGAAUAUGAAAUAUGAAAAAGGUUCUAAGGGUAUUAAUGCUACUGCAAGGCACUGGAGAAUUUUGAAAUUUAGCAGAUGGGAGCUGCAGCAGAAUCACUUUUCUAUGUAAUACUAAUCAUCACAGAGCAGUGAUGGUGUUAAUUAAAGCACAUUUACAGAGUUUACUGGGCCACCUUAGUCCAAAAAAAGAGCUCAAAAUUGCCUUUUUCCGAACCUACUUUAAAGAAGCCAUUGAGUUCAUAGUAAAGCAUUUUUUUAAGAUGAAUCCAAAAAUUAAGUUUAGCUUAUGUACUCCCAAUAUGGGAUCUAUGGUAUGCCUCAGUGUGUGUGUGUUCUCAAUAGACUGACUAUCUCUAUGAAGAUUCUGGUGAUGUUGAUUAUCUUGAUAGUUGUGGUAACUUUAUGACAAUAAUUGCAAGUGCCCUCACUCUUUGUUACUUUUGAACAACAGGAAUAAUCAAUGUGUGUUAGAAGUUUUUAUUUCGUGUGCCGGAUCCAUAUGUUCAUGCGCAGAGGCAAAACUAUCUCUGAAUGUGACUGGUGCAGAUUUUAUUUUAGUGGUAGACUGCUCUACAGGUUAAGUGAGUGUUAGGAUUGGAUGAAGUUAGUUCAGAACUGUUGGCACGUGUUGUUAACAGAACAUGGCAGUAUUACUCUAACGCUUUUAAGCAUCAUAACUGGAACUCACAGCCAAGCUGGAAGCAUGCACUUAAUUCAUUAUAGGUGUUAUAAUUAAGCUACAAACAAAACAAAACAAAACAACAACAAAACAUCUGUACUUUCCCAAAAAAUGUGAGUCCUUAUUUUUGGUUGCUGCUGUAAAUUAACUACAGCUAUGUUUUUAAGUGCAUAUUAGUUAGAGCAACUUCUUCCACCUAAUGAUACACAGUUCUGUUGCUUUUAAUGGCUAUAGGUCUAUUUUUACUUUAUCACCAGGUAUGUCGCGCCAAAGCAAAGCCAAGUUUAUUUGUAUAUUGUGUGGAUUUAAAUCAGGAAGGGACAAAAAGAGUCAUGCAUGCACUUGGAAAAUAUUUUUAAACAGACCACGUCCUUUCGUUAAUCACUGUCGUGUCAAGGGAUUGUGAGAGCAUGCGAAACGCAAUGGACGCUCUCUUGUGGGAUUUUGAGCAAUACAGAGGAGGAGUGUAGGUUGCCUGUGGAUGUACAGCCUCCUUCUGCUUUCACAACUAAUGUAUAAACUAAAUCUGCCGCUUGUCGAGCCCACCAUGCCCAACCCUUCAUUCUCUGCUUAGCAUAAUGAGUGGAACACAGUGUGUACUGUGAAGCCUACCUGCAAUCCUUAUCAGAAUGUCAGAAAUAAAUAUAUAUUAAACUCUACAUUUUUAAUAAC